AUGGAGGAUUGGAGAGUAGCACAUGCUAUAUCACCUUUAUAUCACCUUUCUCCUCUCAUUGUCGACCCUCAAAGCUUUAGUAGCACUAAAACACCAAAAAGACUCUCAAAAUUCUAUCAAAGUUUCUCCCAAAAAAUCCCUCUCAAAGCUCCCUUCCUUUCGCCGUCGCCCGAGCCACCGCGAGCGUCACAUCGCUCGCCGCAGCUGCGCCUCGCCACCGCAAGCGUCGCCAAGGAGGAGAUCCAAGGAGUUUUUGUCCGCACGUUGCUGCAUCUGGUAGAGGAGAUCCACACAGCCUCACGCCGCGAGCACGUAAGCACCCACGAGUUCAGGCCGAGAUCAUGCAACACCAUCGCCGAGAAGACCCUCGAGCGUGUAGCCGUUCACGCCGAGCCUCAUUUCUGA